AUGUUGGCGGACGGUGAAGUUGUUGGCGAUGGGUCGUGGAACCUCACGAUCGCCGUGACUGACCUGGACGAGAAGAGGACUAUGGUCGUGAAGGGAGACAUGCAUAUUGGAGGGGUUAUGCUAAAACUGACAGAAAGCUUCGGUUAAGAAUUCAAAAAGGACUGGUCAGAUCACGCACUCUGGUGGCCCACACGUAACAAAUGGCUGUCUCGACCGAAGCACACAUUGGACCAAUAUGGAGUCCACGCAGAUGCCACCCUCCACUUCACUCCUAUGCACAAACCAAUCAGAAUCCAGCUCCCGGACCUCAGAUACAUCGACUGCAAGAUUGACUUCUCUAUAGACACCUUUAGCGCUGUUGUACAACUUUGUAAAAGUCUUGGAAUUCGACACCCAGAGGAACUUUCCCUCUGUUACCCCUUAGAACCCUCUCAUCUUAAACAGAACUACCAGAACUUGAAGGAAGCGAAAAGGAUAAAGUCGUCACAGCCUCCAGACACCAACACGUUUAUAGCAGCCACCAGAGGCUCCUCAAAUAGUUUGGACAGGUCUAAUGGACCCUGUCCUGCGACACCGCCACCACCACGAUCACUCUCCGCUACCCCGGUUGCACAACAAAAUGGCACACUCCGUCGUUACGGUGGUCUGUACAGCACACAGAGUGACGGAUCAAGCGAUGGGGGAUACGGUAGUACCCCGCCCAGAGCUGCCUCUCUAGACGCUCUGGAUUCUCUUGCCGAGCUGUCUCUAGCAGACUCCCCCUUAGAGCCCGACACACAAUCACGAGAGUCUCUAUUAACGCCCAAAUCUCUCAUGGAACGUGCUAGAAUGAAUGUUGGUUGGCUCGACUCAUCUCUCUCCAUAAUGGAGCAGUACGUCCGAGAAUGGAACACUCUACAGCUUCGCUUCAAAUUCUACUCCUUCUUCGACCUGACUGCGCGUGCGCAGGACGCGGCGCGACUGAACCAGCUGUAUCAGCAAGCUCGCUGGCAGAUACUGAACCAAGAGGUGCAGUGUACAGAGGAAGAAAUGCUGUUAUUUGCCGCGUUACAGCUUCAAAUCGAGCUACAAACGUUAGCCGGUGGUAGUUUGGAUGCGGCAGAUGGCACGGCCACGUCCCAAGCGAAUGCGCCAGAGGAUGAAAUUGAUGCGGCACUCUCAGCUUUACAAACUCAGUUAGAAGGAGGACCAGCACCACAUAACGACAUCACACAUGUACCAGAGCUUGCAUCCUAUCUUAAGUACCUUAGGCCCAAACGUUUUACUCUGAAGGCGUACAAACGUGGGUGGGUGUCGUGUCGUGACGGCGUGUUGCGUAUCCACUCGUCUCGCGAGGCUGCUGGAAAGGGCGAAGCCCCGUCCUAUGCUGUGGAACUGCGUGGAGCUGAGGUGACUCCAGACGCGCACCCAGCGUCGGGUCGGUACAGCAUCAAGCUGGAGGUGCCCGCAGAGGACGCCAUGCAUGAAAUGUGGCUCAAAUGUGAAAAUGAGGAUCAAUACGCGGAAUGGGUAGCAGCCUGUCGCCUGGGAUCUAGAGGUCGUUCGCUAGCAGACUCAGCGUUUGCAACCGAAGCUGCAGCAGUACGUUCUCUCCUCCAGCUGCAGAGGCCGCAGCCUGCCGCCGCACUCAACCAGCACUCCCUGCCACACCUUGACCAUCUGCAGCCUGAGAACUACCUCGCGCCACGGUUCCUCAAGAAGCUCAAGAGCAAGUUCACACAACGCGUCCUGGAGAGCCACGCCAACGUCAAAGACCUGCCACUCCUCGAAGCGAAGUUACAGUACAUCAAAACGUGGCAGAAUCUCCGAGACUACGGCCAGACGAUGUUUGUCGUCCGUUUUAUGGGACACAAGAGGGACGAGAUCAUUAGCAUUGCCAACAAUAGGAUCAUGCGGCUUGACCCUAAUACCGGCGACCAUAUUAAGACGUGGCGGUUUAGUGAUAUGAAGGCAUGGAACGUAAACUGGGAGAUCAAGCACAUGAUGGUGCAAUUCCAGGAAGGCAACAUAAUAUUCUCAGUGCAGUCCGCAGACUGUAAAGUGGUCCACGAAUUCAUUGGAGGCUAUAUCUUCCUCUCGAUGCGCUCCAAGGAUGCCAACCAAACGUUGAACGAAGACCUCUUCCAUAAACUCACCGGAGGAUGGACGUAA